UCUCAAACUCAAACCUAAUAUCAUCUGUUAUGGAUUUUAUCGCAGUCACUUCAUUGUCUCUAUCCAUCCAUCUUCAUCCCGGUCAGCGCCUUCCACCGCCCCUUCGCCGGCGGCAACAGCCUUUUCUCGCGCCAAUAUGAUCACUUACAUCGUUUCUCUCUAGAUCAUCACCCACGUGGCAGUGGCAUGAGCGUGGUGGUGAGGGACUAACGUGCACACUGGAGUAACGUCACCGUGGAUCCUCCAUCUAAGAGCUGGAGCAUCCACACCAGAUCCGAAAUAAUCGCCAAGUACCAAAUCCUGGAGCGCGUUGGCGCCGGAGCUUACGCCGACGUGUACCGCGGCCGACGCCUCUCCGACGAUCUAAUCGUCGCACUCAAAGAAAUCCACGAUUACCAGUCCGCGUUUCGCGAAAUUGAUGCGCUUCAGAUUCUCCAGGGUUCUCCAAACGUCGUCGUUUUGCACGAGUACUUUUGGCGCGAAGAUGAGGACGCUGUGCUCGUGCUCGAGUACCUAAGGACGGAUCUCGCAACCGUUAUUGAUGACGCGAAGAAGAAGAAGAAUGGACUCCCCGUUGGGGAGAUUAAGCGGUGGAUGAUGCAGAUCCUAUGCGGUGUUGACUCGUGUCACCGGAACAUGAUCGUGCAUCGGGAUUUGAAGCCCGGUAAUCUGUUGAUCGGAGAUGAUGGAAUUCUCAAGUUGGCAGAUUUUGGACAGGCAAGGAUACUUGGGGAGCCAGGAUUUGAUACUUCUGAGGAGAACCCACAAGCUUAUGAACAUGAUGGUUCUUCACUCCAAGCAGGGUCUGGAAAUCAAGAGCAGGGAACUGUCCUUCGCGAAGAAUAUUUUAGAGUCUUGGAUGAACUGAAAACAAAGAGAUCUGCAGAUGACAUUGAUAAGGAUACAAACAUUCCUGAUGGAAAUACCUCCUGUCUUGCAACGUGCACAACAAGUGAUAUAGAUGAUGACCCUUUGAAAUCCAGCUUUACUUAUGAAGCAAGGGAGGACGAAGGAGAAGAAUCGGGUUGUCUCACGUCGUGCGUUGGAACUCGUUGGUUUAGGGCUCCUGAGCUCCUUUAUGGAUCCACAAACUAUGGUUUAGAAAUUGAUCUAUGGUCUUUGGGAUGUAUAUUUGCAGAGCUCUUUACACUGGAGCCCUUAUUUCCUGGAACAGCCGAUAUUGAUCAGCUUAGUAGGAUUAUUAAUGUUUUGGGCAACCUCGACGAGAAAGCAUGGCCAGGUUGUUCCAAACUUCCCGAUUAUGGAAUAAUCUCAUUUAGUAAGGUGGAAAACCCUCCUGGGCUUGAAGCUUGCCUGCCCAAUCGCUCCCUCGACGAAGUGUCUCUAGUAAAAAAGCUGGUUUGUUAUGAUCCGGCCAAGAGAGCUACAGCAACGGAGCUACUCCAUGACAAGUACUUUAAUGAAGAACCUCUUCCUGUUCCGGUUUCAGAGUUGCAUGUUCCUUUGAACAGAAAGGGAGAAGAUGAAAACUCUCCGUGGCAUGAUUACAAUUACAUGGGUUCUGAUUCUGACCUGGAGGACUUUGGCCCUGUGAAUAUCACAAAAACUGCACUUGUUGUUGGAGCUUUAGUUUCUGGCUCCAUCAGCCUUGUUCUUAACAGGCUCAUUUCACCUGAGUUUGUCAACUCGUUGGUGAGCAAGAAGCUGGACCGAAAGUUGGUUGAGAGGCUCAAGACUGCUCUCUUGGCUGCAGAAGCUCUAGCCGCUGACGCCGAGCAGAGGCAGUUUGGAAACGAUCGUGUGAGGAAAUGGCUUGAAAGUCUCAGGGAUGCUCUCUACACUGCUGAUGACUUGCUGGAACGUGUCUUAAUCAGAGCUGAAAUUCGCAACAAGGCACGCAUUCGCCUUCCUCGCUUCUUCCUUAAUUUGUAUGAUUGGAAGAUGGAGACUAAGAUAGAGGAUGUGGUAAAAAGAAUAGAAGAUCUUGAGAAACGCAAAGAUACCCUUGGUCUCAAAGAGAUUCCAACGGGAAGCUCCUCAUGGAGACCUCCAUCCACUUCUCUUGUGAAGGGGAAUGUGUUCGGCAGGGAUGCUGACCAGCAGGCACUAAUCAAGAUGCUCAAUGACAAAAAUGAUCACAACUUGUCCGUCAUCUCUAUUGUUGGUAUGGGCGGUGUUGGAAAAACAACUUUAGCACAAUGGCUCUACAACAACAAGGAUUUGAUGGACGGGGUUGAUAUGAAAGCAUGGAUUUGUGUUUCUGAAAAUUUUGAUGUUGUUGAGACUACAAAGAAUGUUAUAAAGGGGAUCUCUUCGGGUGUUUGUAGUCUUGACAGCUUUGAUUUACUUCAACAACAUUUGAAGGACAAACUGUCAAAAAAGAAGUUCUUCAUUGUUUUGGACGAUGUUUGGAGUGAAGAUGCUGACAAGUGGCAUAGUUUUAUCGCCCCUUUUCAACAUGGGAGAAAGGGAAGCACUAUUCUCCUAACUACCCGCAUGGUAAAUGCUGGUCGAAUAGUCCAACACUAUAACUCUUACACCCUCAAUCAACUGUCAGAUGAUGAUUGUUGGUCUAUUUUUGCGGAUAAUGCAUCCUUUCCUGAAUCAAAUGGGAGCUCAGAACUGGAAGGAAUAGGUAGAAAGAUUGUUGAAAGGUGUGAUGGCUUGCCAUUAGCUGCAGAAACACUUGGACGCUUGUUGCGCUCAGAGCAUCGUGCUGAAGAAUGGAAUAAAAUACUAAGGAGUGACAUUUGGGAAUUUCGUCUGGCAAAUUGUAAGAUUCUUCCUGCAUUGUUAUUAAGUUACCAUCAUCUGCCUACUCAUUUGAAACGAUGCUUUGUUUAUUGUUCAUUGUAUCCCAAAGAUUAUAAACUUGAUAAAGAUGAAUUAAUAUUGCUGUGGAUGGCUGAAAACCUUUUACAACCACCAAGGAGGGGACAGACUUUAGAAGAAGUUGGUUGCGAGUGUUUUGAUGACUUGGUUUCAAGACUAUUCUUCAAGCUGGUCGAGAAUGAUGAGAAGUAUUUUGUGAUGCACGAUCUCAUGCAUGACUUGGCAAUUUUUCUUGCUGGAAAAUUUUAUUGUAGGUCAUUUGAAGAACUUGGUGAAAAGGAAGAGAUGAGUAUUCUAACUCGUCAUUUAUUAUACGACCGUUCAAUCUCCAAGAAAACAUUCUCCUCUCGUGAAAUAGAAUCUUUGAGGACAUCAUUGUAUAUCAACCCUGGAUCUUAUUUCCAUAAAGCACACGCAACAUUACCAUUUGACAUAUUGUCAAAGAAUAAAUACUUGAGAGUUUUGUCCGUUCAUACACUCAAUAUAUUUCCUGAUUCAAUAGCUAAAAAAUUGAUCCAAUUGCGCUAUUUGGAUCUCUCUCGGAGUGAUGUUAAGAUAUUGCCCGAGUCAUUAUGCAACUUGUGCAAUCUACAAACUUUAAAGUUAGAAGGCUGUUCAAAUCUGACUUUGCUACCUAAUGGCAUGUAUAAGCUUGUGAAUUUGCGGCAUCUUAAUAUAAGAGAUACUCCUCUGAAAGAAAUGCCAAAAGGAAUGAGCAAAUUAAAACAGUUGCACAUUUUAAGUAAGUUUGUGGUGGGAAAGCAAGAAGACAAUGGAAUGGAAGAGUUAGGAGGGCUUUUAAAUCUUCAUGGAUCACUUGAGAUUCAGAAAUUGGAGAAUGUGAUUGAUGCCAAUGAGGCAAGGAGUGCAAGGAUAAUAGAUAAGAAGCACAUCGACGAGUUAUUGUUGGAAUGGUCUGUAUUUGGUGAUAUGAUACAAAGGUAA